CUUUUCUUUAAAAAAAAAUAAUAAAUGGCACCUCCUACAGCCUCCACUCCACUAUCAGUUCGCGUCACCGCGCUUGUAAAGACACUUCAAUUCGCAUGGUUUGUUGGUCAUGCAUUCACACUUUUCGGUACUUUGGCGUAUGUCAUUACCGUUGCUUUGUUCCGUUCAAACGCAUUAUUCUAUAAAGCUGCCUACUUUGGUGCCUUAUUGUCUUAUGGUGUGGUCAUCUACAAAUCUCACGGUAAACCUCAACCUAAUGCUGUAUAUGCCCGUAAGUUAGUUAUGGAUGAGAAUGCGCAAUAUUUAUUACUUGCUUUCUUCUGGUUCUGUUCAAGUCCUAUUACUGUUACUUUGAUUCCUUUCUUUACAUUCUCUGCUUUCCAUGCUCUUGGUUAUAUUCGUACCAAUAUUAUUCCCAAUGUCUUUCCUCGUACUGCAACUAGCGGAGAUGCACCCGCUACAAUCUCCUGGCAAUCCAAAACUCAGCAGCAAAUCAAAGCAUGGACUGAUCAAUAUUAUGGUGUUGCAAUGCGUUUUGUAGCUCAAUCCGAGGUAACAGUAAUUGCAGUUCGUUUAACAUUUGGAUUAUUCCGCUUCAACUUUUUACCUGUAAUUUUAUUCUGUCAAUUCCUCCGUUUCCGUUAUCAUUUAUCUACUUAUACUCGUCAAACCUUCACCGAACUUCGCGUCAGAUUAGAUACCUUACUUCUCCCUCCCAACGCCGAUGCCCGUAUCCCUGCCGUUGUUCCUAAAGUGUAUGUCAUGGCCAAGGAUAUGAUUACCAAAUUCGGUGACUCUAUUGUUCAACAACAAGCACCUGCCCAAUAGAUAGUCUACACAUAAUUUCUCUCAACCAUUAAAAACAUUUUUUUUUUAAAAACAAAAAAAAAUUGAUACAAUUUUA